GAAGUGUUUGAUCUAUAUUUAUUGCAACUGGAAUUUAUCUGAGGAAAAUAAAGUAACAGCACAAUUGUCUGUUGCCAAUCAAUCAUUAACAACGUAUUAAACGCAAUAAACAGAUAUCAUGUUAAUAAAAUCUUUACAUAUAUGAGAAUUAGCCGUUAGGUUCUGUCGACCGGUCUGUUGAGGAACGAACGGAGUAUCUCCCGAACUAGGCAACAAAUCAAUGUAGUUUUUCCUUUCCGAUUGUGAAAAAGUCAUAAUGACAUAAGAGGAAUCAAGCAAUAUCGUCGUAUUGUUGAUAAACUAAACAAUUGUUGAUACUGAUAUCAUUUUUCUAACCUACGGAGAAUGUAAAAAUGUGCUGGAAAAGUGGCGGACGAUAUGAAAAUUAAUUAUUGAAGUUUGACCGUCAAAGUUCAGGCUUUUUUGACAAUAGGAUGGUUUUACGUGGCGGCACCUGCCGCUUGGUUAAAAGGUGCACUAACGUUGGCAUUAGGCAUGUCAGAACGUUACCACGUUUAACUCCACAAGAGGUCACGUCAAUUUUACAAGCUAAUGAAUAUACCAAAGAUUUCGAAGGUCCUGGGUCAAUUAAGAGCUAUGAUUCCAAUCAGCUUGCUUCUAAUAACCCUAUUGAAGAUACAAGAUCUGAAGCACAAUGUCUUCUAACUAAAGGCAUGUUAUUGGGAGUGUUUGAUGGUCAUGGAGGUGGUGCCUGUGCUCAGGUCAUUUCAAAAAGACUGUUCAACUACAUCUCAGCAUGUUUACUUCCUCCGGAAAUACUGCAACAAUACUUAGACUCCAUAAAAACAAAUAGAAAUCUAGAGCUGAUCAAAACGUUCAAUGACAAAGUUGAAUUUGUCGCUGAAAUCAAGGAACUGUACAGGUCCAGCUUCCUAACGUUCGUUAAAGAACUUAUAAAAAGUGGCUCACCAAAGGAAUUUCAAAUGGAAACAGCACUGGAGAAUGCUUUCCUAAGAUUAGACAAUGACUUAUCUACAGAGGCGUUGAUAAAGUCAAGCAAAAAAGAAGCAGCACGAACACUAGCAGUGGCUAUGUCUGGUGCUGUAGCAGCUAUAGCUCAUAUUGACGGCCCUCAUUUACACGUAGCUGGUGUCGGCGAUUGCCAAGUAGUCCUAGGAGUACUCUCAGAGAGUGAUGGGUGGUCCACAAAGAUGAUGACAGUUGAGCACAACAGCGAUAAUCGUGAUGAAGUAAAGAGGAUAUUAUCUGAGCAUCCUCCUAACGAGAAGUCCACUGUCAUAAAAAUGGAGCGUCUCUUGGGUCAAUUAGCACCGCUGCGUGCACUCGGAGAUUUCCGGUACAAAUGGAGUAAAGACAUAAUGAGACAGGUGGUGGUACCGUUCUUGGGCGAAACAGCCAUACCACCAAAUUACUAUACUCCGCCUUAUUUAACGGCAAAGCCCGAGGUCAAAUAUCACAGGUUAACUCCUAGAGAUAAAUUUAUAAUAAUUGGAAGUGACGGUCUUUGGGAUUUAAUAUCGCCAUUACAAGCCGUACGACUGGUAGGCGAACACAUGAGCGGAAAAGUAACACUUAGUCCGCUCAGGUUACCUCGCAAAAAUAUGAAACUCUCAGAUAUCAAUGAGAUGCUAUUACAACGUAAGGAAGGUUUGAAGAAGAAACCUUUGGACGGAAACGCGGCGACUCACUUAUUAAGAAAUGCACUAGGUGGUACAGAGUAUGGGAUUGAUCACGGAAAGUUAUCCCAGUUAUUAACCUUGCCAAGUGAAGUAGUGCGGGUUUUUCGUGAUGACAUAACAAUAACUGUGGUAUAUUUUGACUCUGAAUUUCUAAGGCACUGCCCUCCUUGAUGGAACAAAUAUCCCUAAUGUGAUAUUUUUACAGUGUGCAGACUUUUAUUUUGUUUUGGAUGUCAAUUGUAAAUUCUCCAAUUUACUACAGUGUAUAGCUUGUUAUUUAUUUAGUUAACAAUAAAAACAAUUUACAUAAGA